UUACUUCAGAAGAUAUUUAAAGCACACAUGUUCAUUCAGAAGCAUAGUCUCAAUUUCAACAAGACCCUGUAAAGAUUUUCCUUGUGCAAAAGCUUUACCUCAGGCUUCAACAUGAAAGCAGCUCUCCUAUUUACCAUGGUCCUCAUAGCUGUUAUGUCAGAAUGUCAGUCGGUGAGGUUUGGCCAGCUGUGCAGUGGAAACUCCAGCAACCGAAGAAGGACUAGUGACAGCUGGGGACAGGGGAAGUACGGUGCAGGCAGACAAGAGCGCACCCACCAGGGCCUGGACAUAGUGUGUAAUGACGGGGCCACUGUGUACGCGCCGUUCAACGUGAAGCUCAAUGGCAAAGUCAUAGUCUACACAGACCCAAAGAAGGCAGCCAUCAAUGAGGGGAUUAACCUCAGCGGAGAGGGCCUGUGCUUUAAGCUGUUCUACGUGAAACCUGACAAGUACUCUGGGGAGGUGAAGAAGGGUCAAAGGAUUGGGACCAUGCUCCCCAUGCAGAGUGUCUACCCAGGGAUCACCUCUCACAUCCACGUCCAGAUGUGUGACAAGUCUGACCCCACCAAAUUCUUCUGAGGGCGUCACCCUUGGCCUCGAAUGAACCUUAUCAGUUCAUAAGCGACAACUGUUUUGUAGAAAAUACAUUAGCAAUGCAAACAACUGAAAUAAGAUUGGUGUGGUUGUAUGUCUAGUUGCCGAUGACUGUUCCCAGAUCAGUUGGCUGAUGGAGUACGGUUAUUGCUUUAAGGGUCAGUUAGUCCAUCAUAAAUAAGCCCUUUUCGUACCUCGGAGGUAUCUGUGACUUUUCUACAAUAAUAAAAACAGAAUCUGUUAUU